AAAGCCCAAUUACAUUUCUAUAAAUAAACCUAAAAUGGCAUCAUCCGAAACCCAGCUCCUUGUUACCACUGCUACACUGUGAACCGCCAUUGAUACCCAACGGACCACAUUUUUUUCACAGCAAAAAAUGGGAUCAUCCGAAACAAUAAGCAGGCAAGCUCCGCAACUAGUUAAUGUAUUAAAGGAGAUGAAAGCUGGAUUGGAUACAGUUAAUUGUAAACUACAAGCUUUAACUGCAAAGGUGAAAGCGGAUCACUUUCCAACAGCAGAUGGAAUAAGUUAUCUUGAAACGAAGCAUCUGCUACUUCUGAAUUAUUGUCAGGCACUUGUCUAUUAUUUGCUCCGCAAGGCAAAAGGACUCUCAAUUGAAGGGCAUCCAGUUGUUCGGAGUCUGGUAGAGAUAAGAUUGUUUCUGGAGAAGAUUCGCCCCAUUGACAAAAAACUACAGUAUCAAAUCCAGAAGCUCACAAGAGAUAGUGACACAGCUUCUGAGAAGUCAGUUAUAAGUGAGAAGGGAACAGAUACUCAGAAGGAGGAUCUAUUGAAGUAUCGUCCAAAUCCUGAUAUGCUUAAACCAACUGCCUCUGCAGAGGAUGGUGCUAACGUAUAUCGCCCCCCCAAACUUGUACCUGCUUUUAUGGACAAGGAUAAGAUGUCGAAGCAGGAGAGAAAUGAGGCUAGGAGGGAGAAGGAGAGAUGGCGAAGUGCUAAUCAAAGCCCGUAUAUGGUAGAGUUGUUGAACGAUCUUGAAGGAAGACCCGAAGAGGUAAGAGAAUCUGUUGGAACUGAAAGUAGAGAACUCACUAGGUACAUGGCUCAAAUGGAAGAACGUGCUGACAAAGAAGAGGGGUUAUUUACUCGUGCCCCACUUACAAAAGCGGAGAAAAAGAAAAUGAAACAUCUGAAGAAGUCAAGAAAUGGGUUGCUUGGACUGACAGAUAGUUUUUAUGAUGAGAUAAAAAGUUUGCCUUUAGGGGAACCUGUUUCUGAACAACCAGAAAAAUUUGAGAGCGGCUUUGCUGGAAUCAAGCAACAGAAGAAGCGUAAGAGAAGGAAUUGAAUGAAUGUCGGUGUGAGUCCAUCAUCCAAUAUCGAGACUUUUAAGCAGUGACAACUGAAGCCUAGGUGGAUCAUGUGAAAGUUGCUUGCUGCAAGGCUGAAGUGCCAUGGUCAAGGUGUUUUGGUUCAUAAGUAUCUUCUCUCUCGAAAAAUAUGGUACAGUUGAUUGAUUAAAUGAAGCCUCUUAUGGGGUAGUUGUAUAAUCAUCAUCGUGAAAUCUAAAGGAAAUUGUACCUAUUUGCAAGCAAUUCUCAAAGGAAUCAACUUUUUGGAUGGUCUUAAACAUAUAUAUUGGUAGGGUUGAGCACCAAUUCUUUCCUUCA